AUGGAUUUGGCGUCUACGUAUACGGUAUUUUUCAACACAGACGCGCCCGACCAUCACGACUCUUCUCUCCAUUUAUGCACGAACAAUGGGGGCGAAAAUAAUGAAAAUUGUUUACCAAUUUAUUGGGAAAAUUUGAGCGUACACGCAAUGAUUAAAAAAGACCGGUGGUUACGUUCGAGCAUCACCACUAGAAAACUUUUGUUAAAUAAAGUCGAAGGAUAUAUACCUCCGUGUUCACUUGUAGCCAUCAUGGGACCAAGCGGAGCUGGAAAAAGUACUUUGAUGGCUGCUCUGGCUAAUAAACUUCCAGCCCAAAUCGAACUUGAAGGAAGAGCAAAAAUAGGAAGUCUUUCUGUUAGAAAUUUUGAAAGCCACAAUUUUGGAUAUAUGUAUCAACACGAUUUAUUCUGUGGAUCUUUAACCGUAAAAGAGCACCUUCAUUUCAUGGCUAAAUUAAAACUAGACAGGAGAACAACUGACAAAAAUCUGAAAGCUCGAGUAUCGGCGGUUAUAGAAGAAUUAGGUCUUGGGCAAUGUGAAAAUACUAGAAUUGGGGCUGGUGGGGAAAACGGAAAGACAACGUUAUCGGGUGGCGAGAGAAAAAUUGUGUCGUUUGCAACUGAGCUUCUUACCGACCCAUCAUUUCUAUUCUGUGACGAACCCACAACAGGGUUGGAUUCAUACAGUGCUCAAAAAGUCAUUAAAGUUAUGCAACGAUUAGUGUCUGAUGAAAGGAAAACGGUUGUCUGUAUAAUUCAUCAGCCUAGUACUGAGCUUUUAAAUGCAUUCAACCAGUUGAUUUUAGUAGCUGAUGGAAGAAUCGCCUAUUCAGGACCACCCAACAAGGCUAUUUCGUUUUUUGAGAGUGUUGGUUAUCGCUGUCCUGAUAAUUAUAACUCAGCAGAUUUUAUUAUGAAAAUAUUAUCAGAUAGUAACGAAUCUGUAAAUACAGUUUGUGAUGAAUUUGCAGCUAGUAAACACGCAGAAAUAGUAAAAAAUGCUAUUACGAAUGAAAUAUAUUUUGAUACAUCAAGUUUAUCAGUACUUCGAAAUCACUUAUCACCGUUUUGGCCGGUGAAACUGUACCACCUGACGGGAAGAUAUUUUCUGGAGAAAAUCCGCAACCCCACCAUCGACAUCCACAGGUUUUUGCAAAAAGUCGGGAUCGCUAUCAUGGUCGGCUUGUGUUACUUGGGCACAGUGCAACAGACUCAAGUCGGCAUACAAUCGGUGCAGGGCGUAUUUUUCAUGCUGAUCACGGAGAACUUCUUCACGCCCAUGUAUUCGGUGAUGAAUCAACUGCCCACACAACUGCCCCUGUUCAGGAGAGAGUACACUUCGGGCCUUUACGACGCCCCGACCUUCUACAUUGCCAACAUACUGUCCUUCAUCCCCACGUUGAUCAUCGAGCCCACGGUGUACACGACAAUCGUUUACUGCAUGGCCGGUAUGCAAACCGAUCUGUAUGGAUAUUUUCUCACGGUAAUCAUCACGAUUCUGGUGAUGGCCGUAUCCACUUCUUGCGGUUACAUGUUCAACAAUAUUUUUGGAUCCUUAUCUUUGGCGUUAACAUUUGUCCAGCCGUUUGACAAUGUGAUUAUGAUCCUAUCCGGAAUAUUUGUGAACCUCAGGAGUGUUCCAUGGUUUUUGCAUUGGAUAGUUAAGAUAUCUUGGUUUGAACUUGGAUUUGAAGCGCUCACUAUCCUUCAUUGGCAAAACGUGACUUAUAUUGCAUGUAGCGAAGAUCCGGAUGUACCGUGCCUGAUGGAUGGCAGCGAAGUUUUGGAUAAAUAUGAAUUUAAAGUAGCCAAUCUGAUGCCACACAUUUAUACCAUGAUUUGGCUGUACAUUGGUUUCCACGCUGUAUCGUUUGUGUGCUUCGUGACUAGGGCUCGCCUGAACAAACUGUCCUAG